AUGUCUAAAGAAUACCAAGUCUUAAUAUUUGAUUUCCCAAACAUAGACAGAUCAAAAGUCCGUCCACAACAUUUCAAAGAAGUUCUUCCAUCAAUUGGAAAUCCAAUCAAGGCAGCCGGUGCAUUGUAUCAUGAUGAUGAAAGAACUAAAUUUUCUGGAAGUUGGUUUCAAUUAGCUCUUGAUUCAAGAGAGGCUUGUAUUGAGUUUUUGAAAAAGGAUAUUUAUUAUCGUGAAGGAAUUUGGGAUAUUGAUUCGGCGGUGAUUUAUCCGAUUGGAUGUGCUGCUAGAUUGCCUGUAAAGCUUGAUGGUACUCCUGAUGAACUUUAUAGAGCUUAG